AUGAGUCUAGAUGGUGAUCGUAGUACCGACGAAUAUAUCGUCACAGCCCUUCAGAUUUUUCAUUAUUGUGGAGCCAAUAGCACUAAUACUUUACGUGUUAAUGAAUUAAUGGACAAAUUCGCGCCUUUCGUGAAGACGAAUAAGACAGAGUACAGCUAUCUCCGAUCUCUUCUGGACCCAGAUCAGAGCAAUCCUGAGAUAACAGUGUCAAUGCUGGCUUCAACAUUGAACAAGUACAGCGAGAACCAGAAAGUCAAAGUUGACUUAGAUGAAAGUUUUAAUCUCAAGAGUGGACAGGUACCACAUGAUUCUGAUUCCGGCAUAUCAACUGAUGGUUUCCACUUGUUAGAGGAGUUGCAAUGCGAACUGCGCGAGAAGUCUCACCUUGCACAACAAUUGCGAACUCAGCUUGAUUACUCCGACAGACACCAUGAGGAAGCAUUAGCUGCCAUCACCGCUGAGAGAGACACGCUCAGAGCACACCUCAAUAUGUUACGCGAAGAGUCCUCAGCCUUAGGAAACGUACGUCGCGACUACGAGGAGGCGUGUGAGAGACUCGUUACAAGUGAAAGAGCGUUAGAUGAAUCUCAGCGGGAGUUGGACGCUGUUCGCCGACGAGCCAGAGUACUUACAGAUCAAGUGGCGAUGCUGGAGACUGAGAAACUGACCCUCCAAGAGUUACUUUCAAAGUCCAAAGAGGAGUGUCACCGUAUAAAUGACAUGUACGCCUCGCGUCAGGCCACCCUGCUAGAAGAGAAUGAGACGUUAAGGACAGAACAUGCUGAUUUAUCUGCUAGGUUACAGGAUCAAGAAGAAUUUAUGCAGCAAAUCAUUAAGGAAAAGGUUCUUCUUGAAAUGGAGCUAAAAGAUAUGCUAAAUAAAUCAAAUCAAACCCACUUACGCUUUGAUCGUUCGAUUGACGUUAGCUAUACAGAAGAUCAGAUGUUAACAGCGUUGGACAGUCUUAACGCUGACAGCAGAUUUGCUCAGGAGGGCCGCCUGCUAGAUGAAGAAUCUUUUGUAAAGGCUUUAAGAGAAGACCAAGGUCGGACUACAAACAUGUCCCUAUUUGAUGAAAUACGACUAAGUUUCAACUUGUCCAGACAUAACAUAACAGAUCUAAACUGUACACCUACAGACAAGCAAUCAGAAUUGAACAACACUGUUACAAUUACAGUUGCAACGCAGACGGACAAACUCUAUCAAGAUAUUUGUAAAGAAUUUAAAAAUAAAAAUGACUAUGAAAAAUUGUGUAGUAUUUCAACACAAACAGAAACAAAAAUUGAUAUGUGUUAUAAUGAAGAUUUUAAGUGCAGUUGUGAUAUUUCAUUCAAUACAACCAAUCAGAGAAUAGAUUUACCCCAAAAUGACCUUCAUUCACAUAAAGUAAAACGACAAAUUCAGACACACGACAAAACUACAAACACAAGUCGUUACUUAUUAGAAGUUUUCAGAGAUAUAGAAGUUAUGAACUUUGGUACACAGACGGAUUCAAACGAUUUUGAACGUUGUGGCUAUAAUAAUAACGUGCAUUGUGUCGACUGUAACAAAUGUAGCCAUUGCGAUAGUUUAAACAAAUAUACAAGAAAAUUAGAAACAGAACUGAGACACGCGCGUGCUACAGCUGAUGAAAUGCAAAGAGAUUUGGACAGAUACGAAGAUGACUUAAAUAUGUUACAGAGAUUGGUUUCCGAAGGAAAUGAUCGUAAUAAUUUUCUAAAAUCAGUUGUAAAUAAUUUGAAAGUUAAACUAGAAGUUUUGGAAGGCGCAUGCGCAAGUCAUGGGGACAAAAUUGACGAAUUACUUUGUAGUACAUGCUCAGAAGGAAUACAGACUGAAAGUGCGUUGAUAUUUACAGAGCAAUCAUCAGUGUCGACUCAAGCGGAAAUGCCUUGCACCAACUGUGUGAAACGUCACACGUCACAAAAUAGUCUCAGAAGAUACUUGUGGGAGCCCUUAAAGUGCCUGUUCCAGCUAUUCGCAGUUCUCUGCUUCGUAUGUGCCCUAUCUGUCCUCUGUGGAAUUACGAGACGUAGAAGAGCCGCUUGCAGAGACCCCUUACCCUGGCAUUGGCUACAACCACACGAUUUGAUCGAUUUAUUAUUAUCAGUGGAGUAUGUCGCUGAUGUACCUAUGUAAAGCGAAGAAGAAAAGUGAAAUGUUAACUAGUGAAGCAAUGCGACCAGUGCAGUUAUGUCACUACGGUUUUUAUAAAAUUUGUAUACAUUAUUAAGUAAAACUGUCUAUUUUUAUAUUCAAGGAAUGUAAUUUAAUUUGUCUGAAAUCAAAAAUACCAACGCCUAAAA